AUGUCGACGGUCAGAGGCAGUUGUCUUCUUGUUCUUAGUGCUGAUCCAGCAGGGGUGAAUGCCCAGUCAUUUAUACAAGCUUACACUUUAGCUACAACAAACUUUACAGUCCAGUUAACCUCUCCACAGGGAAAACCAACAGAAUUCACCCAACAAGAUGAACAGAAUCGUCGAUGGUUCAGUGAAUUUCGUUCCAAAGCAACAUCCACUCCAAUCAGUCUAGAAUCUGUUGAUGCCAACCGUUAUGUGGCGUUGUUGAUUCCACCUUCCUUUGGAGCAGUUACAGAUUUGGCAAACAAUAAAGACUUAGCAGAGAUUCUCAACCAUUUCAUCCAAGAGAAAAAACCAAUCUGUGCAAUUGGAAUGGGUGUUGCUGGCCUUUGUGCUGCUCAACAGACAGACAAAUCAAAUUACAGUUCCUGGAAUUUUCAAGACUACAGUCUCACUGCACCAUCUGUAUCAGAAUUGGCCCGCAAACCAGAAUUUUCAAAUCUGUCAAUCAUUCCAGAAGAUUUCAUCAAAGACAAUGGAGCCAGUUACAGUUGUAGUGAGAUGGAUGCUGUCCACGUGAUCAUUGACCGCCAUUUAGUGUCUGGUCAGAAUCCUCAGUCAACACUCACUGCUGUCCAAAAUUUGAUACUUUUAUGCAACCAAAAGAAGACUUUGUCAUCAGCCAGAAAAUAG